AUGGAUGGCGAUAACUCUUAAAAAGAUGAAAAAGGGUAAAUUAACAAUUACAGUAGAUUUUUACCUAUUGCAAACAUUAGUAGAAUAAUGAAAAAAGCAUUACCACCAAAUGCUAAAAUAGCAAAAGAAGCAAAAGAAAUAGUACAAGAAUGUGUAUCUGAAUUUAUAAGUUUUAUUACAAGCGAAGCAUGCGAAAAAUGUGGAUCGGAAAAAAGAAAAACUAUAAAUGGUGAAGAUUUAUUGCAUUCAAUAAAUACUUUAGGUUUUGAAAAUUAUUAUGAUAUGCUUAAGCUUUAUUUAUACAAAUAUAGAGAGGCUGUAAAAGCUACAGAAAACGGAGAAGGAAAAAAAUAGAAAAAAAAUAUUAAAGAAGAGGAAAAUGAAGAUAAUGAAGAGGAAGAAGAUGAGGAUGAAAAUGAAGAUGAAGAAGAUUCAUAAUUAAAUAUUAAUAAUAAUAAUGAAUUAUAGAAUUUAUAAUGA